AAUUGUCAUAAUCUUAAAUUGAUGAAUACAUAAAGAAUGGCAGAUGUCCAUAAUAGUAGUGACGAUUCAUUACUAAUAACAAGCUCAAACAGUUCAGAUGAAGCAAUAAAACCUAUGCGACGGUACAAACUAUUUUUUCAUAAAGAUAAAGGCGGACCAGAUCAAGUAUCUAAGCAAACAAAAAAAAAAUAUGACUUGCUUUGUGAAGAUCCCUCCAAAAUUUCUAAUGUGCAAGUACCUGCAAAUGAUGAGCGCAAUAAGGGUGAAGACUGCAUCGCUGAAAAUCCUACAAAUACAAAUAUGCGCCACAGCAAUUCAGAUAUGGAAUUUAGUGAAAUAAGAAAUAACCAUGAAGAUGAUGAUGUUGUACAGCAUUCUUCCAACCAACUAGACAUUUACAUGAGUAGUUCGAAUUAUAUUAUGCAUAGCAACAGAGACUCUAAUGGCACUGCUUAUUCGUUAAAUGAUAAUAUUAGAAUGGACAGUGAUUGUACUAGUAGUGUAAAUGAUUCCUGUAGUAGUAAUAGUAGUAGUAACAUAAGUAGCGAUACUGAAAAUAAAAGUUAUUGCUUUGAUAAAAUAAUGUUUAAUUAUUCUUUGAAACGUUUAAGUGUACGAGACAUAAUUUUAAUAUGCACCGCUUUUUGUUUGCGAUUUAAUAUUUCUGAUCAGGCUCUUUUAAUGUUAGUUAACAUGUUCAAAAUUUGUGCUGACCCUGAAUUUGAAAAUCUGAAUUUCUCAAAACAUAUGAUGUCAAAAUGUUUUUCUCUUCAAAAUGAGAACGUGACGUAUCAUUAUUAUUGUAAAGUCUGUUCAGAACAAAUUAUUUAUUCCGUAAAAUCUAAUAAACCUCCAAAAAGAUCGAAGCAUAUGUGUAUAAAAUGUAAAAAAGAAGCAACGAUAACAUCAGCUUCAGAAAAUUAUUUUCUAACUAUUGAUUUAGCUUAUCAAAUAGAAAUUCUUUUCUCAAAUCAUGAGACUUUCAGUGAUGUUAUAAAAAAUGUUACAUCUAGUAACAACGAAUACAAAGGUACACUACAUAAAUAAUUAUUGGUAGAAAACAAUCAAAAUAAGAAUGAAUUAGAAUACAUGUUAACGUUAAACUGUAAUACUGAUGGCUUUUGGCCAUUACAAUUAUGUAUUAACGAAUUAUCACAGAAAUUACAAUCUCAAUUCGUUAUUUUAACAGGACUUUUAAUGGUUCAACACGAACCAAAAAGUAAUUUGAUGAAUCUAUACCUUUCAAAAUUUGUCGAACAAAUAAGUCGUCUUUACCACAAUGGCAUAAAAGUAACACAUAACGGCACUCAGUAUUUGAUAAAAUUUUGUGUACUUGGUUUCUCUGUCGAUUCAGUAUGCCGCCCUAUUUUGCAAAAUCGCUUCCAAUUCAAUGGAUAUCGUGGUUGUAGCUGGUGCUAUCAACUGGGUCAAUAUAUAAAGGCAGUUUAUGGAAUCCGAUAUGUACGAGACCAAGAAAGUGUGCUCAGAAAUCAUAAAACUCAUUUACAGGACAUGGAUGAAGCUAAUAAAAAAGGAGCGCUAACAAGAGGUGUUAAAGGUUAUUCUGCCUUAUUUGAACUGCCACAUUUUGACAUAAUUUGGUCUUUUCCAUACGAAUAUAUGCACGCUCUUCUUCUUGGUGUUGUUUGGCAACUAAUAAAGUUGUGGAAAGAUAAUGAUUGCAAAUUCAGAAUUCCUAAAAAAGCUUGGAAAGACAUGGAAAAACAAUAUCUUCAAAUUACUCCAACUCAUGAGAUGCACAGGCUCCCGAGAAGUGAAAUCAUUGAUGGAUCUACCAAACCAAAGGCAUCUGAAUUAAAGUCUUGGUUAUUUUAUUUUAAUUUGCCAUGUUUAAAAAGUUAUUUACAUGAAACAGCCUUAAAACAUUUUGCAGUGCUUGUAAAAUGUGCGUUCACUCUUCUAAAGAGUGACAUUACAGAAGAUGAAUUGGAUAAAUGUGAAGAAGAUUGUGUAUUAUUUGUGUGUCAAUUCCAAAAUUUGUAUGGCGAAGGUGCUAUGACCUUUAAUGUUCACGCUUUAAUGUAUUGCGUUGAGUCCGUUAGAAAAAGUGGACCACUGUCUAAAAAUUCAGCUUUCCCUUAUGAAAGUUCAAUUUACACGCUUAAAAAAUAUAUAAAUGGUCCUAAAGGUAUGGAUGUACAGAUUUCAAGAAAGCACUUGCAAUCAACGAUUUUUAAAUGUAAUUCAAAAACAAUUUUGAAUACCUCGGCUGAGACAACAAAUUUUUGUUAUAACUUAUUUAAUCCAAGAAGACUGUCAACAUUUUACAAACAAAUUCAAGAUGUUACAUUUUGUGGAAAAGCCGUUUAUGAUAAAAAUGAGCUUGGCGAUUGUUUUGUUUAUAAUAAGUGCAUAUUUAAGGGAAUCGUUUAUCAUACCAUGAAUUAUGUAAAAGGAAAGAAGACUGAUGAUAGUAUUAUUCAAUUGAUAAAUGGACAAUUUUGCAAAAUUAAAAAAAUAUUCCAUUGUAAUGAAAACUGUUAUUUACAAUUAUAGAAUAUGAGGACGUCAAUAAUAUUAUUGUGACUAAUAUAAAUGAUGUCAAAAGUAAAGCAAUACUUGUAACGGUAUCAAAUGCAAGUUAUUUAUGUAGU